AUGGCCGGCGAACACAUUUUGAUCACCGGCGCCACUGGCGUGGUCGGCCGCGCAGCAAUGCAGUACUACGCCGAGCGAGGCUACAAGGUCACGGCUGUGUCUCGACGUGAGCCCGUGUCGACGUACGGCGCGUCGUGGAUGUCGGUCGACUUGUCGAGCUCGGAGGCGUGCGCGAAAGCACUGUCGCCUCUCACGGACGUGGUCCAGAUCGUUUUUGCCGCCUUGCACGAGGAGCCUGACCUGCGCUCCGGCUGGCUGGAGCAGAAGCAGAUUGAGCGCAACGAGGCGAUGCUGCGCAACACGGUCGAGGCGGUAGUGCCGCACGCAAAGGGCCUGCGAAACGUGACGAUCCUGCAGGGCCCCAAGGCGUACGGUGUCCACGUGCACCCGAUUCGCGUUGGCUCGAGGGAGGACCGAGACGAAGACCGGAGCAUCCCCAACUUCUACUGGGCGCAGGAGGACUACCUCAAGGCGAGGCAGAAGGGCCAGGACUGGAGCUGGAACGUGCUCCGCCCGGGCCUCGUCAUCGGCAUGAGCGUCGGCGGGGCGAUGAACCUGUACGGAGCCAUCGGCGUCUACGCGGCGGUACUGAAGGCGAGGGGAGAGCCGCUGUACUACCCGGGAGAAGGCCUGGCGAUUGCGCAGGCGACCGACUCGGACGUGAUCGCGCAGGCGUGCGAGUGGGUGCUGAGGGAGCCCAGGGCGCGCAACCAGUGCUACAACCUCGAGAACGGCGAGCUGGCGAGCCUGAAGGAGCACUGGGCCGUCUUUGCGGAGGCGCUCGGCAUGCAGGAGGGUCCCACGAAGCCGUUCUCCUUCACGCGCGAGAUGGCCGGCUUCGGUCGGGAGUGGGACCAGAUCAGAGAGAAGCACGAACUCAGAGCGCCCGCGUUGGAGACGUUUCUGGGCCAGAGCGGCCAGUUUGCGGACUUCAUCUUCAUGAGGGGGAACAGCCCGCCCAGCUCGAUGAGCUGCAUUAAGGUGCGCAGCCACGGGUUCACGGGCCAGAUCUACACGGAUGACAUGAUUCGGAAAUGGUUCAAGCUAUAUCAGGACGAGGGACUGUUACCCGCUCCAAAUUCAGGGGCCAAGCUUACGUGA